GAUGAAGGACCGUUUGUUUGUCAAUGUUCGACCAUUGGAUCCGAUCAAGUUCGACUUUCAGAAUUCCAAGUUCUGAACCAUUCUCUUUAUAACUCUACAUUGACUCUAUAUACAUACUUCAUAUAUAACAUACCCUUCGAACAUGAUACCUUCCGCUAGACGUAUGUUUUUCUCUCUGCUGCUUCUCGCCUCGCCCCUCGUGCAUGCCACCCAGUCCGACAACACGACUCUAGGAAUUGAAGUUAUCCGCGCUCAUUUCCAGGGUGCUGGUCUGGUGCCAUACUUGUUGGCGAACUUCACUCCUACUGCGCUUCUGACCGCAACGUAUACCGGCGGCGGUAUCGUGACCCCGGGUCAACUUCUUCCAAAGUCUCGGACGCAGACUGCCCCAAACCUUACCAUCACACCCGCCAAUAUGACAACAUUGUUAAAUGAGAAAUACACUCUUGUGAUGGUGGAUGCCUGGGCUCCGGGACAUACUGACCCGCGGGGUCAGAUCUGUCACUGGGUUGUCAAUGGUGUAAUCGUACAAGAUCACUCUGUAUUAACACACGCAGGCGUGGUGGUAGAACAAUACAGGGGUCCAAAUCCACCGUCCGGGAGUGGACCACACUGUUAUGCUGUCUUACUCUACGCUCAGCAGUUUCUAACCGUCCCUCCGCUGCAGAAGUUCCAUACCCAAAACAAUGAUCCAGGAUUUUUCCACCUCGCGGAUUAUGUUAAGGCCUCGAACAUUGGACCUCUAAUUGCCGGAACCUACUUCACGGUCGAGGAAGGGGUGGCUACCUUCACGCCCUCUCCUACAUCUCCUAUUAUGACAUCUACUCUCCUAGCUUCAGGAUCUAGUGGUCCGUCCGCAUCAGCUGCUGGUUCAGUAGCUCAGCACAAUGGUGCACUCUCUUCAUCAAGUAAUUACUUAACCAUCUUCCUUGCGCCCUUCUUGUGGCUUCUAGCGUUAUAGUUACUUUUACUUCACUCAGUCGUUGUGUACAAAUCAUAUGAAUCAUAAAUUA